UCGAAGUUCAUUAUGUAUUGUAUGCUAUUAUAUUUUCAGGGCACACACGCACAUGUGGACUGUAUCUACAUUGCUGGACACGAAUAUUAAGACUUCUUCAAAAGUUUAGGGCCUACACAGAGAUUUUUUUUUCUUAAUUAUUUUCUGCUUUACUAGGAACGGGCUAAAAUGAUCUUUAAGAUAGUAUUUUCGGUUCCCUUCCUUUUAAGUAUGAUCUUGCUUUAUGUCGAGAGUAGAGGAACUCCUUUCGUGGACAGCAAGAAUGGUCGAAUCUUGGGAAGGACCAUUGAGGUCACACCCUGGCAGUUACCAGAGGGCGAGACCAUAGUGGUUGAGGCAUACACCAAGAUCCCAUAUGCCGAACCUCCAGUGGAAGAGCUGAGGUACAAGCAUCCUGUCAAGAAAGUUUGGAUGGGAGAACUGGAUGCCACCAGACCAAACGUUGCUUGUCCUCAGUUACCAUAUCAUGGAUUUACUGUUGAAAUGGAAGAGACGGAGGAUUGUCUGUACUUGGAUGUAUUUGUGCCGUCGCCAAGGCCGAUUUCAGCUGCAGUGUUGGUGUGGAUUCAUGGAGGAGGGUUUCAGGCAGGUGCAGGAUCUGUGCCCGAACAGCUACCAAUACCACUGGCAUAUUUUGGAGAAGUCAUUGUCGUUACCUUCAAUUAUCGACUAGGAAUGUUGGGAUUCUUGAAUACAGGUGACGGAGAAAUCCCAGCUAAUCUUGGAAUGUUUGAUCAACGAGAAGCGCUCAUCUGGGUCCAAGAAAACAUAGCAGCUUUUGGGGGUGAUCCAUUACGUGUUACCAUCUUCGGGGAAAGCGCAGGAGGUGCAAGUGUAAAUCAACAUCUUGUGUCGCCUCUCAGUGCUGGAUUGUUUAAUGGUGCUAUACUACAGAGUGGAAAUGCCAUUUUGGAAUCUGGAUUGGAUACAAAUCUCGUCGACAAGACUUUCAAAUUUGGGAAAGGGGUCGGAUGUGAUGUUGACAACAGCAAGGAUCUUGUGGCUUGUUUGAGAAGAAAAUCUUGGGAAGAACUGAGAGAUGGAUAUCUCGAAUUGUUCCCAGAUAUGGUUGACAAAGUGGUGGGUUGCAUUGUAGAUGGGUACUUCUUACCUGACAAACCCAUCAACCUGAUGCUCCAGGGGCAUCUUAACGCCGACAACGUCCUCCACGGUUCUUUAUCGAAUGAAGGCACCUGUAUGUUGGUCUUCAGUGGUCUAGCUUCCACCGAGGACAAACCACCUCCUGUUCUAUCAGUUGAGGAGUUCAAGGCUCAGCUCUUAAGGUUUUUCAAGGUUCCGGAUCCACUUCUACUGGAUACACUCGCCUUCCUCUACUCCGACGACGCGCAUAUUAUAGGAAAAAAGGGCGACUACUUCCUGAAGCUGGCUGAUGUUUUCACAGACUUCUUCACUUGCUCCGAAAAUGCAUUCUCUAGUCUUAUGUCAACGGCGGGGAAAACGGUCUACAACUACAACAUGACACACAUACCCUCUCACUCAGCCUUGGGUCAUCUGAAAUGGGCAGGAGCAACUCAUGUAGAGGAUAUCCCUUAUGUCUUUGGUAGUCCUCUACUCCGUGAUAGAGAAGAAGGACCCAAGGGCAUGUCCGGAUUCUUCAGUGGGACCGAGGAGGCUGGCUUGUCAAGACAGAUCAUGAGAUACUGGUCUAACUUUGCGAAAUCAGGGAAUCCCAAUUUAUCAUCCAAAGAUCCUGAGGUUGUCAACAAUCCGCUUGGUUUUGAGGAAUGGCAACCAUUUACAAAUGAACACCCUUACUAUAAGGAAUUAGAUUAUGGAUUUCGUACAACAGAAGGUGUGAUGAAAGUCAAGGAAUGUCACUUUUGGACUCAGAUACUGCCUAAGAUGAUUAUCCAAUCAUUUGAAAUGCUAAAUCUAAAGAUGUUGACUGAUCGGGUGGCUGAACAGAGUUCUGGAACAUGCGAUGGUGAUUCCUGUUUAGAACCGUAAGAUUGAGGGAAACAUUACUGCCAACCUGGGUGUGAAACAAGUAUAGGCCAUCAUUGACUAGUUGUCAUCACUAACGGACUGUUACGGCGGCUACAAAUUGAAAUUAGUAGCCCAAAUUACCAUUAAGAAGAUAUGAGUAGCACCAUGAGUAGCAUGCUGGGAAUGGGCAUCAUACUUGCACAAAGAGCUCAUUGCUUAGAUAAAAGAAAAUUGAACGUAUUGAUGGUAAGAUUUAACUCAUGAAGAUACAUAGGAAGUUGGUCAAUUUCCAUAUGCACGAGCAAAUUAUAAUGUUUUCUGGCUUUUAAUGCUAUAUAUUCGAUAAAAAAGAGUAAAUUUUACCCAUUUUUUUUUAUUUCUCCUUGUAUGCUAUCUGCUUUAUCACAUUU